AUGGAUGAUGCACUUUUAGCACGACUACAAAAGAAUACUUUGGAAGAUGAUGAUGAUAAGUAUAAAAGAUCCGGUGAAAAUGAUAGUGAUAUAUCAGAAGAUGAAGAAACCAAAUCCUCUUUUCAAGAUGAAGAUUUUACAACAACGAUGGCUAUGCGACAAGGAGGACGACACACUGGACCUAAAGGAGUGAUUGAUGAUCAAAAAUAUCAACAACAGCUGGAUACAGCCAAGAAGCAACAACAAAUAGCCGAUUAUAAUGCUAAACUAUUAGCCAAGGCACCCAUGACGACAACAUACAUUCAAGAUCAACAGCAGAUGGAAUUGAUAUUGGAACCACCCAAACGACAAGAAGAAAAAGAAGAAGUUUUUGAAGAAGAUGAACAAGUAAUUCAACAAUAUCGGAAAAAACGAUUAGAAGAAUUGAAAAAGUUGAAGAAUCACGAUAUACGACAAUCACAUCGAAUAUUUGGCUAUGUACAAGAUGUGGAUGUGGAUGAUUAUGCCGAAGCCAUUGACAAGGAAUGGCGCACUGUCCCGGUGAUUGUACAUUUGUAUGACGAUAGUUUAGAAAAUUGUCGUCAUUUGGACUUUAUUUUACAAGGAUUAGCUCGAAAAUAUUGUUUGGCCAAAAUGAUCCGAGUGUCUGCAUUGGAUUUGGAAUUCGAUUUGGUGGGAUCACCUGCUAUUCUGGGAUACAAAAGUGGGAUGUUGGUUGCUAACCUGGUCAGAUUGGAUGAUGAAGUGGGUUCUAGAUAUACUGCAGAAACCGUAGAAGAUGUCUUGGUUAGACAUGAAGCUCUAUCAGAAGAUGAUCUAUACAUUAUACCAGAAAAAGAUGAUAAUGAUGAUGACGAUUUUGAUUGA